UGGAGCGGUGGUGGUGCUUUUGCUGCAGCAGAGCGGGAUAUGUCACGCUCUCCUCCCUCUUGCGCUUUGCCUCUCGCUGCACCUUGACUUCCCGUUGCAAAUCACCUGCCGGUGCCCUCACGUGACCACAUUCUAGAGGCCGGCAAAUCACAGCACGUGCCGCGGCCAAAGCGGGCUAGCGUCUGCUUCGGCCCGUACGGGGAGCCAUUGCGGCCACCAAUGCUUGCGGCUUCACUGUUUCUGCGAGCCAAACAGGAGUAUACAGCGCCUGCUUUCCACUGACCCAUCGUUGCAGGGGGAAUCUUGUUCAGAACCCGGAUCUACAGUCAUAGACCAAACUGACUCAAUGCCUGUCGUUGCUGGUCCCCCCCAGGGCCAUGGCCCUUCAACUGUUGACAAAAUGAAAAUGGGAGCGAUGAUGGGAACAUCUGUCGGCAUGAUCAUGGGCUUCAUCGGCGGAGCCGUGACUAUCUUUCAAUACGGUGCUGGUCCCAAUGGUGUCAUGCGGACGUUGGGCAAGUAUAUGCUUGGCUCCGGAGCCACGUUCGGACUGUUCAUGUCCAUCGGCAGUGUCAUUCGGACUGAAGGCCCAUACCAUGAAGCAUGGCGCCGCGUGAACGCAAAGCCUAUCAUCCUUCCUCGAGAAUUCCCGGAGCGACGAUAGAAACGUAUAAUGAAAUCAUGGUGGGAGAAUGAGAUACAUUUUUAUACUUUGUAUAUUAUAGGCAAAAUCUAGGCGUGAAGCGCUGCACUUAUUACGGUUGUUGGCAAUAUACCAUUUUUAAUAUCGACCUAAUCAAGUUGGUAGACGGAAGAAUGGAGAAUUCGGCGUGUUUACUGUAUAUAGUUGGAAGAAUGGGCAUGACCUGACAUUAGCCAUAUCAGAAGAUACCAAGGGGAGACUUUGGCUGGCCAAAUCAUCAAUUGAUGCCGUCGAUUCUCCAUUAUUUUGGGUUGAUGCUCUACAUUUAAAAAGACAUGAUCAAUUUAAUAUUAACAAUAUCAAGCCAGACGCUCUUUUACGACAUCAA